UUUUUUUCACUACACUUGUCCGUAUUCCAUCCUUUAUCUUCCUCUAAUUUGUAAACUUUGAAGAGAAAAAAUGGAGAAAAUGAACCAGGCAUUGGAGAAGAUGAAAAUGUUGGUGGGAAUGGAUGUAGAAGAUGAAGAAGUAGCUCCUCAACAAGAAUCUUCCUUUGCUUUCAUGGAUGAUUUGAAUCGCAACUGCACUUUGUCGACCAAACAGAGGCUUUAUGGUUUUGCUAUAUGCUUAACAACUGGUAUCGCCUGUACUCUCUUGUCAAUGCUGGUUUUCUUCAAUCCAAUCAAGUUUGGAAUAACAUUUUCUUUUGGGAAUUUGCUUGCUCUUGGAAGCACAGCGUUCCUCAUAGGGCCUAAACGACAAGUGACAAUGAUGCUUGACCCAGUUCGUAUAUAUGCCACUGCCAUUUAUAUAGCAAGCAUUAUCAUUGCUCUGUUUUGUGCUCUAUAUGUGCGGAACAAGCUACUGACACUGUUGUCAAUUAUAUUGGAGUUUGGUGCACUUAUCUGGUAUAGUUUGAGUUACAUUCCUUUUGCAAGGUCCAUGGUCUCCAAAGUGAUGAUGGCUUGCUUUGAUACAGAAUUCUAGGGUUGUAUUACUCUGAGGGAAGAAUUAUACAUGCAAAUAUGUACAGUGUACAUUCGGCAAGUUUGCACCACUUGCAACAACCAGCAGG